AUGGACCCCGAAACAGAUUACUACGAACUCCUCGGCCUCCUCCAAAGCGCAAGUCUGAAAGAUAUCGACACGGCUUACAAGAAGGCCAGCCUGCGGCAUCAUCCCGAUAGGAACCUCAAUAGUCCCACGGCCCACGAGGAGUUCAUCACUGUGAGAAAGGCAUACGAAACACUGAAAGAUCCAAAAGAACGCCUUCUAUAUAAUAAUACUUUGGAAAACAGACCAACGAAUACCGAUCCAAAGCCAUGGGAAAUUUCAGAGGCAGAUGGACAAAGCGACUCAAGACAUUCACACACAGAGAGGGUCAGACAAGAGCAUUCAACUUGCCUGGACGAGGAACAAGAUGGUACCCACGAUAGCCAGGAUCAAGCCCAUAAAGACGCACGACUCCUCUCCACCCUCGAACAAAGAAUUAAGGAGCACGAAUCUAACCUCACCCACGUGCGAAACAGCCUCACAAACGCCUCUCCCUCCGACCCAACACACCAAAAACUAGACUACCUCCGCGCCAGCGUCUCCGAAGAAUAUAUCAAAACCCUCAUAAUCCUCGACUCUUCCCGCCAACGAAUCAUACGCAAACUCCACCCCUCACAGCGGCAAACCCACCUCAACGAAGUGCAACGCGACUUCGAGAAGUCGAAUCAUGAAUUACGCCAGAAAGCGUGCAAGGAGGUGCUGGAAUUACUUGCGCUCCUCCCACGCUCAAAGGGAAACUGGACAUGUGAGUUCCGCUGGGAUUGGCUGCAGAUAUUUCCGCUUGUUGAGAAGAUGGUAGCGGUUGAGGGGUGUAUGGAGGGACCGUGGCAUAAGAUCGAGACGCUGAAACGCUGGCCGGAUUUGAAGAGGUUGAUGGAGUGUCAGUGUUGUAGGAUUAGGGAGGUUGAUCGGAGGAGUAAACCUACGAGGUGUGGGUGUGGGUUUUAUGUGUGUUGGGAUUGUAAGGAGAGGAUGGUUUUGCUUGGGGAGUGGGAGGAGUGGUUGGUUGGGAAGGGGGGGAUGGGGUUUGAUUUUCCAAUCGGUCCAUCAGGAGCUCUUUCUACUUGUCCGAGAUUACCAUCACCAUCGUCAUCAGAUGUAUUUUUUCUCUUGUAUAGUACGAUGUGCCAAGCAUGCGGUCGUCGGUCUGGGAGACCUUUAAACGUCGAGGGAUCGUUAGGAGAGGUUGCGAUAAUAGCUAAAGUCGAAAGUACAGUCAUCUGGGUAAAAAACGGAUUUAAGAAGGGAAGAAUAAUGAGUACGUGGAAACCAGGAUGUAGUCGUUCGCCAGUCUAG